AAUCAUAAAAUUGAAAUCAAACUUAAGCACAAAUAUCAAGAUUUUUUUAAUUAUUACAUAAAUUUGUUUACAAUGACGUAAAUUAGAUUAUUAUCGCAUAAAUAGAAGAUAAUUUAAUAUAGACAUUGGUAUGAUAUGAGUUAUUAAGAGGUGAAAGUUGUAAUAUCAAAUAAUUUCCAAAAUGAAACCACACAUAACCUCACUUUUAUAUGUUAUAUCUUUUCUGGAUUCAAUAUGCUACGGUUUAAUAAUGCCAGUUUUACCCAUCCAGAUUUUAAUAUUGGGUGGAAAUCACACGAUUUUGGGCUUUCAUGCAAUGCUCCAUAUAAGUUUUCAGUUAUUUUCGGCACCACUAUCAACCUUUUUGAAUAAUUAUCUUGGAAAAAAAUUAAAUUUAAAAUUGUCCUUGCUACUGGGUGUUAUUACAAGUAUUUUAAUGGGAAUAUAUCCUUCUUAUACAAUAAUAAUAAUAUUAAGAGGAGUUUAUUAUUUGACCAAUCAAACUCAAUGUGCGAUUAAAGCGUUUAAUUUGGAUCAAAAUGCAAUUUUAAAUAUUUUAGGUAUUUUUGGGUUUAUAUUAGGACCGAUUUUGGGUGGAUAUAUUUUUGAGACAGCUACAGGAUUUUAUUUGUUAUCACUUUUAACUGGUUCUUUUUAUCUGAUUUCUUUGAUUUUAUCCGGUUUUCUUCCAUCAACUCCAGAAAAGGAUUCAAAAAUAUCAUUGAAAAAUAUCAUUUAUGAAACAUUCCAACCUUUAAGUAAUAUCCAAUUAAAAAACAUUUUUUUACUUCGCUUUUUAAUCACGUUUGGUUUAACAGUUUUUUUUACAAAGUUUCCUGUGUUGUUAAAAGUUCAUUAUUUGUCAUCGCAUUCGCAAGUUGGGUGGACAAUAGCCUAUCAAAACUUCGUUCUUUUACUUUGUUCGUUUUCGUUAAAAAUUUUUGAAAAAAAGUUAACUGUAAAAAACUUUCACAAACUGAGGCGAUUUUUAAGUGUUUUGGCGAUAAGUUCAACUGCUAUUUGUUUUGCGCCAACUUACGAAAUGUAUUUAAUCGGUUUCGUUUUUAUGGCAUUAUCGAAAGUGCUUGUUGAUUCAGCGUGGAAAGAAAUUGAGGAUAAUUUUAAAAUCGAUAAUUUAGUUGGUGAUUUAAAAACUGUUAACACGUUGAGUAGUGUUAUUGCUCCUGUUAUUUUGGGAGUUCUAUGUGAUAUUUAUUUACAAAAUGCUGUUAAAAUGCUCACAAUUAUUCCGUUAGUUAUAGCAUCGGUUUUGGGUAGUUAUUAUUAUGUGGGAAGUGUAGAUGUUGCUCAAAAAGGGGUUAAUAAGAAAGAGAAAAAGGAAAAAUAGUUUUAUUUUAAGAUUAUUUGUAUCA